CGAUAAGCCCGAGGGGUCGAUGGAGGGGCAUCGAGAGUUUGCAUCUUGCAAGAUUGAAUGAGACGGUCUGAAAGACAUUUAGAAAGCAACCUACUGGCAAGGCUUCUGGCGCCCUUGCGUUACGAACGCUGAUUAUACCGCAUACCCUCUAUAUUGCUCACAUUCAACUCCAAACCUCGAGGCAUCGCCUCUUCCCGGCCGGGCCUCUCCUAACCCCUUCCCAUCCGACAUUAACCAGGGUCGAACUUACUGUUGGAUUCAGGAGCGUCUGCCGGGUAGAUGAUAACCGAGCAGCAAAAGGGGCCUUUGCAUGUCUGAUUUGCAGCGAGAAUGGAAGACGACCGAGUGCUAGUUGACGUCGGCAUUGCUGCCGAGAUCGAGGAAAAGCAGGCCCACGAAAAUGCAACCAAGCAACCCAAGAAGCGCUUCGUUGGCAGACGGGCUGCUGUUGAAGCUGCGAAGGCCGGUUCGGGACCUACAUCUAUCGAAGACAGCGGGGCCAUUCAAGUUGCCCAGCCAAGAAGGGCGUCGAGGCUGGUCAAUCAAGUACCUCCCGAGAUACUGAAUGAUGAAGCUUUGAAGGCGGCAAUAGCCCUCCUCCCGGCAAAUUAUUCCUUCGAGAUACCCAAGACGAUUCACCGCAUUCGCUCACUAGGUGCCAAGAGGGUGGCCCUUCAGAUGCCUGAAGGGCUCCUCAUGUUUGCCACCACCAUCUCCGACAUCCUCACAGAGUUCUGUCCCGGGAUCGAGACACUGAUUAUGGGAGAUGUCACAUACGGAGCGUGCUGUAUUGACGACUACACGGCUCGAGCAAUGGGUUGCGACUUGCUGGUGCACUACGCCCACAGCUGUCUGAUUCCGGUGGAUGUCACCAAAAUCAAGACGCUGUACGUGUUUGUCGACAUUAGCAUCGAUACGUCGCAUCUACUCGCCACCAUAGAGCGAAAUUUCUCUCCCGGAAAGACGAUCGCACUCGUUGGAACGAUCCAGUUCAACGCCACGAUCCACGGGGUGCGGUCAACACUGGAAAAGGCCGGGUUUAAGAUCAUUGUGCCACAAAUAGCGCCGCUGUCCAAGGGCGAGAUUCUCGGCUGCACCUCGCCAAACCUUUCCACAUGCACUGACAGCCCCGUGGAUCUGAUUCUGUACUUGGGCGAUGGCCGCUUCCACCUGGAGAGCAUCAUGAUUCAUAACCCGGACAUACCGGCCUAUCGUUACGACCCGUACUCGCGCAAGCUAACGCACGAGACGUACGGGCACGAGGAGAUGCAGGAUAUUCGUCGGGAUGCCAUACGCACGGCAAAGAAGGCCAAGAAAUGGGGGCUCAUCCUCGGCUCGUUGGGACGGCAGGGGAAUCCCCAUACGAUGGCCCUGAUCGAAAACAAGCUGAAGCAAAUGGGUAUACCCUUUGUCAACCUUCUCCUGAGCGAGAUCUUUCCGGGCAAGCUGGCGAUGAUGAGCGACGUCGAGUGCUGGGUGCAGGUCGCGUGUCCGCGGCUGAGCAUCGACUGGGGGUAUGCGUUCCCGCGGCCGCUGCUGACGCCGUACGAGGCGCUGGUGGCACUGGAGGAGAGGGAGGAUUGGGGCAAAGGGCCAUACCCAAUGGAUUACUAUGGCAAGGAGGGCCUCGGGAGGACGAAGCCAGUGGCGAUAGGGACCAGCUAGAAAUGCCAAACCUAGCCACUCGCCCCAGCAUAGUAGAUUUGCGAAGGCCGGUUACUUCUUGUACAACAAAAUGCCAAAGGCAUCCAUCCCCACCCCCAC